AUGCCAGCGCUCGAUCUUAAGGGAUGUCUAGAUGACUCACCUAAAUUUAGAAAACGUAUAGCUGUUUAUGAAGAUUCAAUCCAACACUUUGAAUUUUCACUAAAGACGCUUACAAAACUGACCCGUCUUCAAGUUGAUUCGUCUACUGAGUAUAGCCAGAGACAGCAAGAACUAGCAACCGAUUUCACUUCCUUUGCACAAUCCCAGGAUGACCCUAUUAUUGCCCAUGCUUUGGAAAAAUUUGGAAAAUCGAUGAUUGAAGUAGAGAAAUGCCGAACUAUGUUUGUAAGUCGAAUGGGACAAGCUGCUUAUAAUCCUGAUGUUAAACCUGUCAUUCAGAAUUCGCAUGUGACAGAAACCUUUAUCAGUCCAUUAGAAAAGUUUGUAAAAGAAACUCUUUUUCCAAUAAAGGAACUUAAGAAACGAUUCGAGAAAGCAAGUGAUGAAGUUGACUCUGUGUUGAGCCGUUAUAUGGGGAAAAAACCUAAAGAUCCCACUAUUCUAGAGACUGCAAAAGAACUUGCUGAUGCACGAAAGGGCUUCUAUCAAGUGUAUAUGGAAUAUGUAUCCAAGCUUAAUGAUAUUGAGGCAAAAAAGAAGGUUGAUUAUAUGGAAAACGUUCUUGCCUAUAUGUACACGAAAUCUGCAUUCCAUCAUCAAAGUUACGAAAUUUUAAAGGAUUUAGAACCUUAUAUGCGUGAUCUUACAGGUUUACUUAAUGAUACACGGCAAAGACAUGACGAAGAGACAUCAGAAUCUUCAGAGUAUCAAGAUCUUUGCGCACAGAGCGCUGUAGAUAUAUAUAAUCCUUUAAACGCUGUAUCUUCUUCGACCGUUUCCUCCCCAGGAAUCACAGUACCUUACCACAAUACCACUGAAAACCCAAACAAGUCCGGAUAUUUAUUUGAGCGUAAGGGAGGGCGUGUAAUGCAAAGCUGGAUUCGUAAAUAUUUUAGUAUCGAAGGAGAAUAUCUUGUGUGCUCAAUGCGUAAUACCAAGACAUCCAAAGACGAUGAUCAGUCUGCAUCCUACAACUUGCGAGUAUGCAGUAUUAAAUUGAGUGAUUCUUAUGAUCGCCGUUUCUGCUUUGAGUUGAUUUCACCCCAAAGAAUUAUUGUUUUGCAAGCAGAGAAUGAGAAAGACAUGCAUGAAUGGGUUAAUAGUUUAAGAAUGGUUAAUCAAAAAGCAUUAAAUUCAGAUAAGGCGCCACCCCCACUACCAUCUCUUCACAGACGAGGUGUUUCUGAUGUAACCCCAGUUAUUAAGUUAAACGGAUUCUCUGGGUCUUCGGGAACUGUUUCAGAUAGUGAUAAGGAACUGCUAAAGAUGGUACGAGAAAAACCUGGGAACGAUAAAUGUGCAGACUGUCAGGCUAGAGAACCGGAAUGGGCCAGCACAAACUUGGGAGUAAUUGUGUGCAUUGAUUGCUCUGGUAUCCAUCGAAGUCUUGGCGUACAUGUCAGUAAAGUUCGAUCUGUUGUGCUUGACAAAUGGGAAACUGAAUCUAUAGAGGUUAUGCUUGAGCUUGGAAAUACAAUUGGAAAUAGUAUAUUCGAAGAACACGUACCAAGUGAUAUGGAAACAUUUAGAAUCAACCCUAAUUCCUCUCCAAUCGAGCGAGACUUGUGGAUUACUGAAAAAUAUGUCAAACGAUCUUUUGUUGCUCACAAGGAUGAUAAAGCACAAGAAACAGUGAACCAGACAUUCUGGGAUGCUAUUACUGAAGGUAAUUUGGCAGAGGGACUUCGCUAUUUGGCCAGAGGAGCCAAUGUAGACUACAGGAACCCAAAUGAGCACCUACAGACACCGUUACACAGAUCGGUUCAACUGGGUAAUGAAGUUUCAGUCGAAUUUUUGCUUCAAUGGUCCAGCAAUGUGAACGAAAUAGACGAAAAUGGGUGGACAAACCUCCAUUAUGCAGCAAAUUCUAAUAAUGUCAGACUUGUACUGGGAUUGCUCAAAAGACAUGCAAAGGCAGAUAUAAAGGAUGAAUCCGGAAAGACAUCACUUGAUCUUGCAGUGGAACAUCAAAACGUCCAGGCUGUUACUGCCCUACGACUAUUUGCCUUUGACAAGCAGCACAAUUCAUCCCCUGCAAACUCAUUAGAUUUUGGAUUCCGGGAGGCCAUGUCGUCCUUUAAGCAAAACUAUAGUUUCGAACGAAGCCAUGGUACCUCACACUCUGCCCUUGAUUUGAGACAAACCAAAUCUCAUUCCCCUAAAGAAAGCUCUAGUCUCCAUGAGACGGGGAGCAAAUUAUUACGUUCUGAUAGUUCUCAGUAG